UCGCGAGUCAACGGAAUUUAGCGUUGUUAAUUGUUAUUAUUUCGUAUUUUGUUCAAUAUGACUGAAAUUACCAAUAGUAAUUUGUUUGAAUCACAAACAAUAAUUGCCGACCACAAAGAUCUUAUUCACGAUGUGGCCUACGACUUCUAUGGGGAAAGAAUGGCUACAUGUUCAAGCGAUCAGUAUGUAAAGGUAUGGGAUUCAGACGGACAAGGUGGAAUGAAGCUGACAGCCAGCUGGAAGGCCCAUCACGGCUCUGUGUGGAAGGUGACAUGGGCACAUCCAGAAUUUGGCCAGAUCCUCGCUACCUGCUCCUUUGAUAGAACUGCCGCUAUAUGGGAGGAAGUUGGAGAUACAACAGCAUCUGGGUCUGAGAAAGGCCUGCGGACCUGGGUGAAGAGAUCCAAUCUGGUAGACUCCAGAACCUCAGUCACAGAUGUAAAAUUUGGUCCCAAACACUUAGGUCUACUGGUAGUCACAUGUUCGGCUGAUGGUAUUAUUAGAAUAUAUGAAGCACCAGAUGUGAUGAACCUGGCACAGUGGACCCUCCAGCACGAGAUACCGACCAAAGUGUCCAUCAGCUGCAUAUCAUGGAACCCAUCACUCUCCAGAAUGAAUUCAAACCCACCAAUGUUAGCUGUAGGUAGUGAUGAGCCAAACACAACCAACACUAGUCAAGACAAAACAUGCAACGGAAAAGUUUUCAUUUAUGAAUACAGUGAAGCCUCGCGUCGAUGGACAAGAACAGAUUGUCUCUCGUCAGUGCUAGAACCUGUGAACGACCUGGCCUUCGCUCCCAACCUGGGCCGGUCAUUCCACCUACUAGCUGUCGCUACUAAAGAUGUUAGGAUUAUCAAGAUUGAUCCAUUGCCGUUUACGGAGUCGACGGGCUCGUCAAACGGUUGCGGCGUGCGGUUCAAGACGGAGGUGGUGGCGGCCUUCGAGGACCACCUGUCGUGCGUGUGGCGGGUCUCGUGGAACGUCACGGGCACGCUGCUCGCCUCCUCCGGCGCCGACUGCUGCGUGCGCCUGUGGAAGAUGCAAUACAUGAACCAGUGGAAGUGCGUGGCGGUGUACGCCAACGAGCCGCGCUGCGCCGCGCCGCCGCCCGCGCGCCCGCUCACCACAUACACGCGCCUCGCGACCAUGGCCAACCCCGCGCACAUGCCGCACCACUGACAACAGGAGAGAAGUCCAAAAGCCAGACAACAAUGAAGAAGUGGAUUGGUGAAAUAUGUUUUUAUAAGAGAAGUGAACUUUUAAGCUCAGGAAGCUUUAAAACUUGAACUUUUAAAAAUCAAUGUUAAGUUUUGUCAUGAAGACUCAGCAAUUGUUAAAAAUAUUCAUGUGAUAACUAAUAACACAAUAUAAUAUGGGGUUGCGACUUGAACCCCACUGCCAAAAAAAGUAAAGUUAUCGUCGCAUGGAAACCGACGCGUACCUAUUUAUUUCUCAAACACACCAAGUUAUGUAAAUAAUAAAUGCCUAAUUUGUAAAGUUUG